GUAAUUGACUGAGUUUAAUCCACUUUCACACGUUAAAAAAAAAAAAAGGAAAAUUCAUUACCUUGAUGAUUUUAGUCAAAUUAAGAAGACAAACUGGUAGCUAGGCAGCUUUGCAAAUCUGAUCCCACCACUCCAAAACGAAAAGCCUUAAUAUCAAAGAAACCAUUUUUAAAAAUUAUUUUUCUAGUUGAUUCAUCACCAUAACUAGAUCCCAGUUUCCCCACCAAAACUCCCCCAAAGAAAAAAAGACAAAAUGAGUGGUGAAGAGAAAAACAGAGCUGUAGUUGAAGAUCAUCAGCAUCAUCGCUAUGGAACUUUCCAAGGAGUAGCCAACUACCCUCCUCCACCACCUCCUCAGCAGCAGCACCAUGGACCAGCUAUUGGCUUUCCUCAGCCUGUUCCACCGCCUGGCCUCCAUGAGCCCUCUGCUCCUCCUCCGCAGUAUUAUCCCCAAGGUUAUCAAACCGUUCCAGGUUAUGCUGUUGCUGAAGGAAGACCUGUAAGAGAGCGUCGCCUACCGUGCUGUGGCAUUGGUAUUGGAUGGUUCUUGUUUAUCAUUGGUUUCUUCCUUGGGACCAUCCCUUGGUACAUUGGAUUGUGUCUUCUACUUUGUGCAAGGAUAGACUACCGAGAGAAACCAGGAUAUAUUGCCUGCACAAUUGCUGCAAUUCUUGCUACAAUUGCAAUUAUUCUUGGUGUAACGAAGGGAGCUCAUGAUUGGUAAGCUCUUCUGAUAGAGAGGUGUAUCGGCUGGAAAUUAAUGUAUAUGCCUUCCCUGGAAAGCUAUCUUUAUGACGAUUUGCUAGAAUAAUUUGUGUGAACUAAAAAUUAUGAAUGAUGGAACAUUAUUAAUGUUUGUUUAUAAUCAGUGCUAUGACAGCAAUGUAUGGAUUGUUAAUUUUAACUCUAUAAAAUUAGAUUCUCAAGCAAAUACUAAGCAUAUAUUAUGCUAAAUUGUAUGCAUGCUUUGUAACAGAACUAGAUUCCAUUUCAUAUUA